AGUGUCACCAACCCUUUUCAAACUAGAGCAAAUGGAUUCUAAGUAUUCACUCUCAAAGUACCCAACCUCCUCUGAUUAAAACACCAAUGUAUCAAACCCAAAAUCCCCCUUACCAGGUGCUUCAAAAGAAAAGUUAGAUUCAAAUACUAACUCUGACGGAGACAUUCUAUUGCGCUCUGUACAAAAUCAGACCUUCGGCAGCAUGCAACAAAGGAUGAAUGAGGAAAAGAAAUUUAAGGGAAGGAAAAGGAGAACUUACACUGUUAGAAAACAUAUUGCUCAGAAGCCCACUAGAACAAAAAUGCGGAACAGGAAGGUGCGAACAGGGUCACCAGCUAGUGAAUCAAAUAAAUCUGAUGGAACAAGCAAUCCAUCCACUGCAGGUAGACUGGGUGAUGAGAAAGUUGAGGACGAAGAGGAAUCUCCUCUGAUGAGAAGAAACUCCAAGAAAGAAAGGGAGAGUGAAAGGGAAAGUCAUUUGGGCACUAUGACUGAGAGUAACAAAAGUGAAAAAUCAGUCAAUGAAAGCAGGGAAGAGAUGAGAAGAGAGGAACAUGAUACUCAAUCUUCUUCACAACAAAAGAGAAAGAUGAGUACCAAUGAGGCACCCGGUCCCUCUAAGAGACAAAAAAGUGAAAUUAAUGCAAAAAAGAGGAAAGAAAGUACGAAAAAGGAAAGAGUCCUUUUUGGAAAGGUGUUUGAUACUAACCUCGGUGCGGAACCAGGAAUGAAAGAACUGAAGGAAAUGGUGGAAUUUCAAAAUUGGAUGCAUCUCUUUACUCCACCCGCACCCAGUGUAUACGAGGCUGAGGUAAUUGAACUAUAUGAAAGCUUAUGCCGGAUUGAUGAUGGUACUCUGGCCUUAACUGUGAACGGGACAGAGUUUGUGUUGACUGAGUCAAUACUUGCAAAUAUUUUGGGAGUAAAAACUGAUGGGGUACGAGCCAUAACUGGAAAGGGAUCCACCGGGUUCAAGAAUGUGAUUGUUAAGGAUGGAAUGUAUGCAACCAAAGCAAGCCCUUCCAAAAAAGAGCUGAAACUUGAGUACCAACAGGUCUUUGAAUUUCUCAACAAUGUGCUCUUGCCAAGAACUGAAGAAUGCUCUACUAUGACGAUGGCAGGCCUGGUCCUUAUGGAAGCUCUAUCAAUGUUUGAACCAAUCAACCUGUCGGCCAUCAUGUUUGAGCGGAUGAUCAAGGUAGUGAGAAAAGUGCAAGGCAAAUCUGAUCUCCCUUAUGGCUGAGAACGGGAAAAGCUACCAUAGGGACAAAGGAGCACAUGCUCUCCCUGGCUACCUUGGAAGACUGCGAAUAUGUGCCUAAAGGAGUAGGUGUCGACA